GAAAUUUUGAGUAGUUCAGAGAACUGGCAAAUACCACCUCUGACUGUCCCCGUCCCCGAUCUAUUGGCUGCCUCCCGUGUACCAGCUGGUUGAGUCCCAGCUAAUUGGCUGGGUCUUCUUUUGUUGCCCUGAACAGGAGAAUGGAGCUGGAAAGCAGGCCUCGAUGAACUCACAGAUACUGUAACAUCAUAUGUCAGCUUCUGUGAAGACCUAUGUGUACCAACCAGGAACUUGCAAAUAUACAUGAACAACAAACCUUGGUUCACAGCUAAACUCAAGCAGCUGCGUCGUUCCAAAGAGGAAGCCUACAGAAAAGGUGAUAAAAUGCUGUACAAUCAGGCCAGAAAUGUAUUAACAAGGGAGAUCAGAGCAGCGAAAAGAAGCUACUCUGAAAAGCUAAAGAAUCAAUUCUCAACAAAUGAACCAGCAAACAUGUGGAAAACUCUUAAAAAUAUCACAGGCUACGGCAAAUCUCCUUCGCAGGCUAAAGAAAAUCAACAACUGGCAGAUGGUGACCUGAAUGUGUUUUACUGCAAGUUUGAAAGGAAACUACAGCCACCAGCUCUCAACUCAGACACACCAACAACAGCCAAGCCUCCUACAACUGACCCCAUCCCAUUGGGUUCACAACCCCUAGUGAUCACAGAAAAGGAAGUGCAAGACCUAUUUCACAGACAAAAGCCAGGAAAAGCUCCAGGCCCAGACAAGAUAACUCCUUCUUGCUUACAAGUCUGUGCUGACCAAUUGGCCCCCAUCUUCACCCGUAUCUUCUAUAAAUCACUAGAGAUGUGCUAUGUUCCUUCUUGCUUCAAACGCUCUACUAUCAUCCCAGUGCUGAAGAAGCCCACCAUCAAGGAACUGAAUAACUAUAGACCAAUUGCUCUAACAUCUGUAUAUUGUGGUCCGCCAGCAGCCUGCAGAGCUGGCAACGGAGUUGGACAGCAGUGAGGCUGAGGAAGAACAUGGGCCAGUCCUGGAGGCUGGGGAAAGCCCGGAUGAGGGCUCUGCAUUGGAGGCAGAGGUGGGGCCAGGGCCAGAGCCUCCAGAAGUUGACGGUAGUGAGGCAGAGGAACAGGAAGAGCCUGUUCCUAAUGCAUGCAUGAGAAGAGCUGCCAGAAGCCAAGAGCAGUUCAAGCAAAGAGGACAACUCAGGAUUAUGUCCAAUAGAUGAUUGGCCCCUCCCAUAAGGCUUAAAAGACCAGCAAUGACGUUUGGGCUCUUUGCCAGAAAACAACGUUGAUAGCUUGGUCUUGUUGCAUUUGUUUUCUAUCAGUGUCUUCUGAACUUUUGCCAAGAAAGGCCUUUGCAGUUUGCCGAAUUGGACCACAAUUGGUGAUAGGACUGAGGAAUUGUGUUGAAAGGAAUUUGCUUUAGUUUAGUUGAACUACGCUGAGAAUGAGUUAAUUAUAAUAACGUUUGUUUGUUUUUACACUGACUGAGUUUCCUACUAUCUACUUGGGCCUGGGUCACAAUACUGUAGUCAUGAAAACCUUUGAAAGGCUAGUGCUGUCCCACUUGAAAACCAUCACAGAUCCACUGUUAGACCCCUUGCAAUUUGCAUUCCGAGCAAAUAGAUCAACAGAUGAUGUUGUUAAUAUGGCUCUGCACUACAUCCUACAACAUCUUGAAUCUCCAAAGACUUACGCAAGGGUCCUCUUUGUAGACUUCAGUUCAGCAUUCAAUACCAUCAUUCCAGACACUCUUCUAAUCAAGCUAAACAGCUACAGGUACCUGAACAGAUUUGUAAGCUUCCUAACAAACAGGAAGCAGCAGGUGAAGCUAAUCAGAAUCACAUCAGAUACCUGUACAAUUUGCACAGGCCCAUCCCAAGGCUGUAUGCUCUCCCCACUUCUUUUCUCUCUGUAUACCAAUGACUGCAUCUCUAACGAUCCAUUUGUUAAACUACUGAAGUUCACAGAUGACACAACAGCGAUCGGUCUCAAUUGAGACAAUGAUGAAUCCACAUACAGAUGAGAGGUUAAACAACUCGUCUUGUGGUGCGACUGGAACAAUCUGGAACUGAACACACUCAAAACCGUAGAAAUGGUAGUAGACUUUAGGAGAAACUCUUCCAUACUUCCACCUUUCACAAUACUAGACAACACAGUAUCAACAGUAGAGACCUUCAAAUUUCUAGGUUCUACCAUAUCGCAAGAUCUAAAAUGGACACCUAACAUCAAAAACGUCAUCAAAAACACACAACAAAGAAUGUCCUUUCUGCGCCAACUAAGAAAGCUCAAACUGCCCAAGGAGUUGCUGAUCCAGUUCUACAGAGGAAUUAUUGACUCUGUCAUCGGCACCUCUAUAACUGUCUGGUUUGGUUCUGCAACCCAACAAGACAGACACAGACUUCAGAGGAUAAUUAGAACUGCAAAAAAAGAAAAACAAUUGCUAUCAACUUGCCUUCCACUGAGGACCUGAAUAAUGCACAAGUCAAAAAGAGGACUGUGAAAAUAUUUAAAGACCCUUCACAUCCUGGACAUAAACUGUUUCAGCUCCUAUCCUCAAAACAACGCUAUAGAGUACUGCACACCAGAACAAGUAGAUACAAGAACAGUUUUUCCUAAACACCAUCACUCUGCUAAACAAAUAAUUCCCUCAACCCUGUCAAACCAUUUACUAAGUCUGCACUACUAUUAAUCUUCUCAUUGUUCCCACCACCCAUCUCCUUCCACUUAUGACUGUAUGACUGUAACUUUGUUGCUUGUAUCAUUACGAU